CUGGCAGCCCGGAGCUAUGGAGAUGGCAGAGGCGGAAUUGCACAAGGAAAGGCUGCAAGCCAUAGCAGAAAAAAGAAAGAGGCAGACUGAAAUAGAAGGCAAGCGGCAAGAGCUUGACGAGCAGAUACUUCUGCUGCAGCAUUGCAAGUCCAAAGUGCUUCGGGAAAAAUGGCUGCUGCAGGGUAUACCUGCUGGAACUGCAGAAGAGGAGGAAGCCAGGAGGCGGCAGUCUGAAGAGGAUGAAUUCAGAGUCAAACAACUUGAAGAUAACAUUCAGAGGCUGGAGCAGGAAAUCCAAGCACUAGAAAGUGAAGAGUCCCAGAUAUCUGCCAAAGAGCAAAUCAUCCUAGAGAAACUAAAGGAGACGGAAAAAUCCUUCAAGGACUUUCAGAAGAGCUUCUCCAACACGGAUGGAGAUGCAGUAAAUUGCAUUUCCUCUCAGCUCCCCGACCUGCCAAUCCUCUAUUCACGAACAGCAGAGCCGGCACCUGGGCAGGACGGGACCAGCAGAGCAGCUGCUGUGUACGCCAUGGAAAUUAAUGUGGAGAAAGACAAACAAACAGGAGAGACCAAGAUUCUCUCUGCAUCCACCAUUGGCCCAGAGGGGGUCCAUCAGAGAGGAGUCAAAGUCUAUGACGAUGGUACCAAAGUAGUGUAUGAGGUGCGCUCAGGAGGCACCGUAGUAGAAAACGGAGUGCACAAAUUAAGCUCCAAGGACGUAGAAGAGCUUAUACAGAAGGCUGGACAAUCAAGCUUAAGAGGAGGGCACGUGUCAGAAAGGACUGUGAUUGCAGAUGGCAGCCUCAGCCCCCCUAAGGAACACGUGCUCUGCAAAGAGGCCAAGUUAGAAAUGGUACAUAAGUCUAGGAAAGAUCACUCUUCCGGGAACCCAGGGCAGCAGGCCCAAGCCCCCAGCACUGGAGGGCAGGAGGCAAACUUGGAUCAGCCCGUCACCAUGAUUUUCAUGGGCUACCAAAAUAUCGAGGAUGAAGAGGAGACUAAAAAGGUGCUAGGCUAUGAUGAAACCAUCAAGGCUGAGUUGGUCCUCAUUGAUGAAGAUGAUGAGAAGUCAUUGAGGGAGAAGACAGUGACGGAUGUGUCCACUAUUGACGGGAAUGCAGCUGAGCUUGUGUCUGGGAGGCCUGUCUCAGACACCACAGAGCCCUCAUCCCCAGAAGGCAAGGAAGAGAGCCUGGCCACAGAGCCGGCCCCAGGAGUUGGGUGGGAGAGUGCGCUGCUGAGGGGAGACGAAGCAGGCUCGGACGCCGCAGGAACAUCCAGCGCAGACAUGACUAUCAAGAAGCCUCCCCAGCUUUCCGAGGAUGAUGUCCGGCUAAAAAACGAGAGAGACAUCUGUGGUGCCAACCCCCUAGAUCCUGCAAUCAGCUCUCUUCCCUCAGAUCACAAAAACAUGGAAAUUGAGGUCUCUGUUGCAGAAUGUAAAAGUGUACCUGGAAUCACCUCUGCUUCACAUUCCAUGGACCACCCCUCCCCUUUCUACUCGCCCCCGCACAAUGGCCUCCUCGCUGAUCACCAUGAAUCUCUGGAUAAUGAUGUGGCCAGUGAGAUCCGAUAUCUAGACGAGGUGCUGGAGGCCAACUGCUGUGAUUCUGCUGUGGACGGAACUUACAACGGCACAUCCUCCCCGGAGCCUGGCGCGGCCAUCCUGACAGGCAGCCCAAGCCCACCUGCUCACAUAGCCAUCCUGCCAGAACCCACUGACAGAGCAGCUGGCAAGCAGGUUCCUCCUCACAUUGAGCUCAGUAAAAGCAACUCUGACACCAUGGCAGAGGGGGAAAGUGCGAACGGCCACUCCCCUGACCAGCCCAGAGAUCUGCUGGGUGACAGCUUGCAGGCUCCUGUGAGCCCCAGCUCCUCCACAAGCUCCUGGUGCUCGUCCCGAGAUGGGGAGUUCACGCUCACCACGCUGAAGAAGGAAGCCAAGUUUGAGCUGCGUGCCUUCCAUGAGGACAAGAAGCCCUCCAAGCUCUUUGAGGAUGACGAGAAUGAGAGAGAACAAUACUGUGUCCAGAAGGUGAGGCCUACAGAAGAGAUGCUAGAGCUGGAAAAGGAGAGGCGGGAACUCAUCCGGAGUCAGGCUGUGAAAAAGAACCCUGGCAUUGCAGCCAAAUGGUGGAAUCCUCCGCAGGAAAAAACCAUCGAGGAACAGCUGGACAAGGAACAUCUGGAGUCACACAAAAAGUACAAGGAGCGCAAGGAGAAGAGGGCGCAGCAGGAGCAGUUGCUGAUGCAGCAGCGGCCCCCACCGCAGCCUUGCACAGCCCCUGUCUCCACUCGGGAACCUUCCAGCAUGACUGAGAACGUGAAGGAUGUCGUCACCGAGCAGAUAGAUUUCUCUGCUGCUCGCAAACAGUUCCAGCUCAUGGAGAAUUCCAGGCAAACAGUGGCCAAGGGCCAGAGUACGCCCAGGCUCUUCUCCAUCAAGCCCUUCUACAGGUCUCUGGGUUCAGUCAACUCAGACAAGCCACUGACCCUCUCGAGGCCAGCUUCCAUUGGGGGUCCUCCAGAAGACAGUGGCACGUCGGCAGCCAAGGGGCAGAAAGGCCACUGUGCCCUGGAGAGCCAGUCUCUGGGAGGAAGCCAGGGCAGCGCAGCUCCUCAGGGGAGGGAAGGGCCCUAUAGUGAGCCUUCCAAACGCGGGCCCUUGUCCAAACUGUGGGCAGAGGAUGGAGAGUUCACGAGUGCCCGGGCCAUCCUCACCGUGGUCAAGGAUGAAGACCCUGGGAUUUUGGAUCAGUUUUCAAGAUCUGUCAAUGUCUCUUUGACUCAAGAGGAGCUUGAUUCUGGUCUGGAUGAAUUGUCUGUGAGGUCCCAGGACACCACUGUCCUGGAGACCCUGUCCAAUGAUUUCAGCAUGGACAACAUCAGUGACAGUGGGGCUUCCAAUGAGACAACCAAUGCCCUCCAGGAAAAUUCACUGGCCGAUUUUUCUCUGCCCCAGACUCCCCAAACUGACAACCCUUCAGAAGGCCGAGGAGAAGGUGUCUCCAAGUCAUUUAGCGAUCAUGGUUUCUAUUCCCCUUCAUCCAUGCUGGGAGACUCUCCCUCGGUUGAUGACCCCUUGGAAUAUCAGGCUGGUCUCCUGGUGCAAAAUGCCAUUCAACAAGCCAUAGCCGAGCAGGUGGAUAGAGCUGCGUCUGGAGCCAACAAGGGUGGAACAGAACAGCGGGGACCUGGAACCACUCUAAAGGAAUCUGGAACGGGGGCCCCUAACUCAGAGAAGCCUCAGAGCAUGUUUGAGCCACCUCAGGUGUCCUCUCCUGUCCAAGAGAAAAGGGAUGUAUUACCAAAGAUCCUGCCUGCUGAAGACAGGGUGCUCAGGGAACGGGGACCCUCCCCACCAUUGCCAGCAGUGCAGUCCAGCGGCCCAAUAAACAUGGAGGAGACCAGACCAGAAGGGAGCUAUUUCAGCAAGUACUCCGAGGCAGCUGAGCUGAGAAGCACAGCCUCGCUCCUGGCCAUGCAAGAGUCUGACGUGAUGGUUGGGCCCUUCAAGCUGAGGUCAAGGAAGCAGCGGACUUUGUCCAUGAUUGAAGAAGAGAUCCGGGCUGCCCAGGAAAGGGAAGAGGAGCUGAAGAGGCAGAGACAGGUCUUGCAGAGUACCCAGAGCUCCAGGGCAAAGAACGCCUUAUCGCUGCCCUCCCGAACAUCAUGCUUCAAAACCGCUCCAGGGAAAAUAGAGAAAGUCAGACCUCCUCCAUCCCCCACACCUGAAGGCCCCAGCUCGCAGCCUGACUUAGCCCCUGAAGAGGCUGCCGGAUCCCAGCGGCCCAAGAAUCUGAUGCAGACCCUCAUGGAAGACUAUGAGACACACAAAUCUAAAAGGCGCGAGAGAAUGGAUGAUAGUAGUUACACCUCUAAGUUACUGUCUUGCAAGGUGACUUCCGAGGUCCUCGAGGCCACACGGGUUAAUCGAAGAAAGAGCGCACUGGCCUUGCGCUGGGAGGCGGGGAUCUAUGCCAACCAGGAGGAAGAGGACAAUGAAUAAUAAACUUCCUUCCACCCAGGAAGCUUCAUUGGUGCUUGGGUCGCCAAGAAACCAAGCAAACCACACACAUCAAAGCAUUUUAAUGGAAUAUUUAUUAAAGUGCAAACAAACUCGACAAUCCUUCCGUAGACCAGAAGCUGCAAUAUACAAUGAUGAAGGAUCAAGUGAAAAAGAAGUCCACCCAUCAAACUCUAACACCCAGGAGUCAACAGAGAAAAGAAUUUUUCAUGACACAAAGAAUCACCUGGAUUUGGACCAACCCACAAUUGAUCCAACAGGACAAAGAAGAUUGAUUACAAGCAAAUCAAUAUGGUUGCUACAGGUUACAACUGAACCCAGCCUCACGGGGUGGUGAGGAAACAAUGGUGACGGGGCCAUUUAGAGAGCAGGAGAGCCCAAACUGGUGCCACCUACGCAGCACAGGACAUGCUCUGCUCUGGUCUCCCACCCAUCGCUUGGCGUCAGGGGUGUUGGGUUAACUCCAUCUCCUCCGGCAGCCAUAAAAUGAAUAACGUUUCUCUCUCCACUUGCCAAGAAGAGGCAAUUAUGAUUCCAUUUCUCUUACCUUUCAUUGUUUUUAAUCGGGAGCAAUUAAUGAUCGCAAUACAUAAAAUCCAUAUUUUUAAGACAAUUGUUUCUUCCUGUUGCAAACACAAUCUAUUCUACGUUAGGAGGUUGAGAAAGGGGGAGAAAGCCAAACCAAAAGGAUUGUUUUAGCUUUAGGAUCUUGUCUGCUUAUAGUAUUGACUGAUCUGCAGGUUAUGAGAAUACAUUUUCACAAUUAGGUUCUUCACACAAAAGCUUAUUUAGUGGACAGCUAUUUUUAUGAUGGGAUGGGGGAAUAUAUUCAUGUAUAAAGAAAGCUUGUGCACAUUGAACAGCCUGGUUCAAGAGAAUUAGGGGUAUUUUUAGAGUGGCAAUAAUUGUAAAAAGGGCAAAUCUGCCCUUAGAGAGGCAGAUGACAAGAAAUAAAAAGGGAUUUAUAUUUUAUAUUAUAAAGUGGACCGUAGGGAUGGUAGGAAGAAUGAGAGAUUAUUUUGGAUCAAUCAGAAAUGAAACAUUAAAGAAAGGCCGUGAAGGUAGAGAGAGAAGGGAGGGAGAAAGUGAGGGGAAAUCAAGGAGAAAUAUUUUUGCUGCGCAACCAGUGUUUUUCAGGAUGAUACAGAGAAAUAUAGAAUAGAAAUUUAAGUGCAGGCUUGGGAUCAGCUACAAAUCCUAAAGAUGGUGUGUGUGUCCGUGCGCACACGUGGGCACACGCACACAUACACCUUUGUGUGUUUGUAUCAGGUGUGUAUGCUUAUGAGUAAGGGUGCGUGUGCUAGGAUUGAAAUUCCAGAAUGAUCAUGGGACAAGAGUGUACAGUUAUUUCCUCCAAAGCUGUUAGCCAGCGUCAGGAGUGACUGAGAAUUUCUUUUUUAUGAAAAGGGAUAUAGAGGCACCAAACUGAUGCAGUAUCUGUAGUAUUAAAUUGACCUAACAUGGUAUUUGCAUGAGUCACAAUUGCAGAGUUUUGAGCAGUUUUGUAAUUGGACAUUUAGGAAAGUACCAUAUUUAUUCUCAUGCUUUGUAGUCAAGCUUAGUAUACUAUAGAGGAUGCCAGCUUUACUCUUUUUGUCAUUUAAAGCAAUAUGAUAAGGGUAUUCGAUAAUUGGGUACCCUACAUUUCUGGAUGAGAACAUUUUCCACUCUGGCCAUGAGAAAAAAAAACAACCAGCAUUCUUUUUACUUUUCCUUUUGUUUUAAAACUGUGGUUUUUAAAAAAUAAGCAAUAAUUAAGUCAGACCUCACAAAAAUUAAUUUGUCUUUAUCUUGUUAUGGCAUAAGCUCUAAUAUGUUAUUCUGACAAGUAACAAUUUCACAAAACUUGUAUGUAGAUGUUACACACAUUACCUUUGUUUCUUUUUUUAGACUAGUGUUGACUUAGGGGAAAGUUUAUUCACAGACAAGUAGUAGGCACAAAGUCAAAUCGGAACUGUCUGAUAAUUUACAAGGAUCCUUUAAAACUGCCAAGAGAACCUGCAAUUUGAAGCCAAAUUCUACCGAUGGGCAGUUGGUGCCAUCUUUAUAUGGUUCAUGCUCCUGAAUAUUCCGAAUAAAUAUUCAACAACAUGUGCCAGCCAUUGGGAACACCAAAGAAAUACAUACUAUCCCUGCUGCAGGGAAUUCAUUCUCCAGUGGGGGAGGCUGGCAUGGAGACGGACAUUCUCAGGAAAAGGAGAUCUGGGUUUGAUUACAAGUCCUGGCAGGUAGAAUGGGACAACCAGGAAGGAUGCUUUGCCGGGAGAUUUCCAGUGUCCCCAAGGCAGGCACAUGGGUGCAAACAGAUGGGGCGGCCGCUUGGCGUGGCCCAGGGCCCAGCGGCAGCUAGGACGGCUGGAGGGCAGGAUGCUUCUGAGGGCUGCAUAAGAAACAUGUUGCCCGUUUCCUGCAUUGACUCUGGGUCCGGUCCAGGCCCUAGACAUGAUCUGAAUGAACUCCCCCCAUCUUUCAUGAGAGGAAUCAGUCCUCAGGACUUACCUGAAGUUUUUUUGUUCUGUUUGCAACUGAAAAGGGAUGCUUGGGAGGCCACACGACCAUAUGAGAUGAUCACUUUACAGGCAGACAAAUUGGUCUUUGAUUCCAGCUGAUUGAACCAGAGGCACUUGCUGCAUUGAGGCCCUUGGUCCACACUCCAUGUGUAGAUAAGGCAACAAAUGCAGAGUCUCCACGACUGCCCGGCAGUCCCAUAGCUGUUUAACUGUGGCCCCUUCCUCUCCAUCAUUUGCUUGUUCUCUUAUACUGCCUUCUGCAUACCUGUUGUCUAUUUCUCCCUUCCACUCACUCAUAAUCCUGUUAACAUGUAAAUUACAGUCCCCUUGGUAGAGCCAGAUUUUCUCUGUGCUCCUGAGUUUUUUACUCAUUCAAGACACGUUGGGCCACUGCUUUUGUACAUAGCACUGUGCUAGGCUCCGGGAUCCCAAAUGAACCCCUAUUUAACUUUCUGAGGAUGUAACGGAGCCCUGGAGGAAAGUCAUUCCUGCCUAACCCUUCGAGAGGAAGAGGCUUGUAGGAAACUUGGCCCCCCACGGGCAUCCCUGCCCCCAAAUACUACCCAAGCUUGUUACUCUCAGCUAUGACAAAUGUCUAGAUCCUGUAGAUGUUAAAGGCUUUUCUGAAAGUAUGCCAUUCCACAGUGUUUGAUAGAUGUUCACUUUCCUCUGCAGCCGAUUAACUACUGACACGCCUUGGCGCUCUCAUCCAGAAGUUAUGGAAACAGGGUCUGUCAGUGGCAGGAGGCCAGGCCGUGUUCUACUCAGACGACACAAUGCAGUUUCCUUGCCUCUUCACACCUGUGCAUGCUGCCCGCCCUAGACAAUGACGUAGAAGCAGUAUAUUGAUCAGUGUCCACAUAUAUGCACAACACAUGCACACACAUAUAUAAAGCAUAACAAGGAACACUACAACAGUGUUGACUCUUGUCUCUGGAGACAAAUAAUUGAACUUUUGUUUUUUUCCAACUAAAAAUGGAUGUAAUUAAUGUAUUGAAAAAAAAUAGCCUAAGUGUUUAGAGAUGGUGAAUAUAUCCAAUUUUAGUGACAACCAAUUUCCUGAAUUUUAAGCAUUCAGUGAGUGAGCUGCCAAUUUCGAUUUUUGUGUUGCUCUUUACCCAGAUGACUUUUUUUUUUUUUUGGAGGAGGAGGGGGGCAAAAGCAGCAAUACUGUGUUUGAAUAUUAUACUCUGUAUCUGGCUCUCCUGUGUAUGUUAACCACUUAAAUGUCAUUAUUCUGCUUCGGUUUUAUAGUGAUUGUGAGGCAUUCAAUGCAAGUAUACAAUUAUUUUCUCAUUAAAACCCAGUGUGUGUUGUGUUUUUAUAAAUGAUAGCUG